GGACCGCAGUCGGAGAAUCACAGCAGCACGAACACACUGCGCUCAUGGCACCAAGGAGAAUGGAGACCAAACCAGUGAUAACGUGCCUCAAAACACUCCUUAUCGUCUAUUCCUUCGUGUUCUGGAUCACGGGGGCGAUCCUGUUGGCAGUGGGACUAUGGGGCAAGUUCAUGCUAGGACCGUAUAUCUCUCUGAUCGCUGAAAACUCCACCAAUGCCCCAUUUGUUCUUAUUGGGACCGGAACUACCAUCAUCGUGUUCGGACUGUUCGGGUGCUUCGCCACUUGCCGUGGGAGUCCAUGGAUGCUCAAGCUGUAUGCCAUGUUCCUGUCUCUGGUUUUCCUGGCAGAACUGAUCGCUGGCGUCUCAGGCUUUGUAUUCCGUCAUGAGAUCAAAGGCACCUUUCUGAGGACGUACAAUGAGGCCGUGCAGAACUAUAAUGCUCAGGAUGAGCAAAGCAUUGCAGUGGAUAAUGUCCAGAGGAAUUUGCAUUGCUGUGGCGUUCUGAACUACACUAGCUGGUUCACCAGUGUUUAUUUCCCUGAGAACGGAAUUCCACCCAGCUGCUGUGCCAACAUGUCCGACUGCAACAACUCGGACUUGAGGAACGCCACCAUAGCAGUCACUAAAAUCCAACAACAGGGCUGCUAUGAACAAGUGACGUCUUUUAUUGAGACUAACAUGGGCAUUAUCGCUGGAGUAACGUUUGGAAUUGCGUUCUCGCAGCUGAUCGGGAUGCUGUUGGCCUGCUGUCUGUCACGAUUUAUCACUGCCAAUCAGUACGAGAUGGUGUAGUAGCAUGGGCACAGGCGUAGACGAUGUACGACACCUUGGAAAGGGAAAGCAUCCCAACAAAUGCUCGCACACUCCAUUCUUUAUCGUUUUGUCUUUCCCCUCUCUUUUUAUUGCCACUUUUCUUUAUCUUUAAGUCUGGCUUUCUUGGCUUCUAUCGCUCUUAAUGCAUCAUUCCUAAAUCGUGCAGUUGUGCCAUGACUGAAGCCUCCCUUUUCGAAAAGGAAAUGGUUUUUAGACGCACUUCUCUGUCUGUAUUUUACUCUGUACAAAGCCUUGCAUGCAGAAACCAUCUCACACCAUAGACUAGAACUGAAAUCAACAGUAUUUCUAUGUCCUAACCAGCCGCGAAUGCGACAAGUGACAUUUUGUUGGCUGCUUAGUUUCCAUUUUUUGUUGUGUCUUGGCGGGUAGCCAAGUGAAAUAUCAUUGGUACCUGAAUGUUAAACAUCAGAUAUUUUCUGAUUGGUGGUGAUUUUUUUGUAUUGCGCAAUAAAAAUGACUAUACGCACAAAGCUUGUCACGCCUGGUUAGGACACGGUAUUAAUUCGUUAUGUAUCCCGUGCUUUUUCAAGACGCAAAAGAUUAGUUUUUGUUCUAACCAGCCGAGAUAGCAAUAAACAAUACGCAAUUGCUUGGGUUCUACUUUUGUAGCAUUGAAUUGGGCACCCCCAAUCACAGUGAAAUCUUAUUGGCUUAAAAUCCAGCUUCUUAUAGUUGUAUAUUGCACAUCAAAAGUUCUGAUUGGCUGUUAUAUUUGUGGCUUCGCACAACCUUUAAAUGUGGACUGAAAAACACAUGAAACUUGGUCGCGUCUGGUUGGGACACAGUUUUAAUUAUUUUAAACCAAUGCACAUUUGUUAGUUACUCGUCUAAUGCAUUUUCGGGAGUAAAUCAAUUAAAGAAAGAACAAAACAAAAACAAAAAUACAGAUUACAAGAUGUUGUUGCUGUUGUCAAAUCUUUGGCAAAGGUUUUUUUCUGUAAAAAUGCCUUUAUUGUCUUCAUUAAUUUCGUUUUCUUCUCAAUAUCUCAACAUCUCUCGGUAUAGUCACGCAAAAACUGUAAAUUCUGUCGUGUCCGUGAAAGUAUAAAAUUAGCAGCCUUCUUCCACAUACACAAAUAUCUGUACAGAACUUGUCAACAUUUAGACUGAAGUGUUAAGAUAUGCCCUAAAACUAGAGGACAUUUUUUGCCUAGAGUUCAGAGUACUAAAUUAACACUGUUUAAUGGGCAAUUGUAUUUCUCAGUCUUUGGGUUAUAAUGACAAUUUCACCUUGUAUCUCACUCGUGGACUGUUGACACACUGUAUUUUCUCUUUUGUGUAGAGUUUGAUUGUAAGAAUCUAAUUACACUGGGCGUCUCUUUUAGCAUUUAUGGUAUUCACACUUUACAGGCAUUAUUUUCAGUUAUAUUUCAGUAUAUAGAAGUGGGUGAAUGUUUGCAUGAGAAGAUAAUACGAAUUUUGGUAUGCCAAAUAAUAUUUCUAAGAAAGGAUGGUAUAAAUAUUAAAAAAGAGAUCCUUUUAUCAAAGCCAUUUAACAGCCUUAAAGAUACGUGGGUGGUUGAAAGACCGUAUUUGAAAUUUGGACUGUAAAAGAGAUUUCUAAAAUUGUAAAAUGUACUACCCACUAAAAAUUCAUAACUGGAUUAUAGAUAAAUGGAAAAACUCACAUAAAAUAUCAUUAAAACGUAUUUGUCACAGCAGAGUGAUUGUGCAGACGGGGGUAACGACUCCAAGAAUCAGAUGCCUUGGUAUAAAAUACUUUAUUUACUGUUCUUAAUAAAGAGUAAACAACAGAAAUCAAAGAUUUUUUGAUGGUCCGAGUCAAAGGAAUUUAAGAACUGAUACGAAAACUAAGUGGCUUGCAUUGAAUUGUGAAGUGUUUUGCAAUCCUGAUUUCAGUCACAUGAGCCAGAGAGCUCUGCCAUUUGUUUUAUUUAUUAUUAAUUUAUUUUACAUAUGUGUUAGAAAUACUGCAGUCUUUAGCUUUCUGCUGACAUUAAUGUAAUUGUGAGGUACUAUUUUAACGAAUUCUGACAAUUCCAUAUUUACAUGAGUUAAUGUGUUUUUUGUUGUGUUAUUUUGUUUAUGUAUUCUCAUUGUUUAUUAAUUUUAUUAUCAUGUAGACUUAUAGAAUUAUUGUAUUAAUAUUUUAAACAAUCAUUUCUGCAGCUGCCCCUUGUGUUGAUAGAUCAUUAAGUAUUAGAGUCAAGAAUUCAUAGUCUGAACAUGCGUGAUGAAUUACACAUUUCAAGAUUGACGAGUAGACUUAUUAUAUACUUUGUAUAAUAAAAUCAAACUUUUUAAUAUGCAUCACCAGCUAGCAUGCCAACAAAAUAUAUGUUGUUAUUGUAAACAACCAUGCUCUCUAUGAAUAAAAUGGUUCUUCGUGGU